AUGCUGGAAUUUAUGGAUUACAUUCAACUCGGCUUCGCGGAGGCGACCAAUUGGAACUGCGACAAUUCUUACUCGUCACUAAAUACCACCGCGCAAUCAAUCCUGGACUUUUCGACCCCAGAGAGAUUUCGGAUUCGCCUCUCCUCGCUGUCAACUCCGCACUUUGCAACGAGUUACUCGCUUGGUACAGUGGGGUUGCUUGAUGGAUCCGUAUCAUACCUUUUCAGCACAGUUCCCUUAUAUAAUACUCCCAGUCGGAGUACAUUGAUCCCACUCAGAAAAAUCUCUCUUGGGUAUCGACAAGUGCAAGCGCCUGUAUUACCUGUCCAGUCCUGGGGGUCCGACUCUAUUUUAGACGAUGUUAGUAUCCCGGGGCUCAAGGAGGCUUCGUCCUCAAGAACGUCCAAGGAAGGAGACCAGACUACAGAGCGACGGAAGGCCAGUCUCCUCCAUGCCUCACUACAUUUACCAUCACCUACAACACUAGAGGCUCUGUUUCUGCGUCGUAUCUCCUCAACAAUGCAGCUAUCGCUGGCAGUCUGCUCCACCCAGGGCCCACCUCUAUCCAAGUCCGCACCCCAGGCUUCAAUGCUAGCCCAACUUUCCCACGACACAGGGAAGUACUGCAAUGAAUAUCUUUUCAGUACAGACAACGCUCUAUUUGGCUGGCGUGGACUUUGGAACUUUGGCCCUGACCCACGAUACGACCGCCAUAAAUCUUCACCCGCACUAUCUCUUCUUUCAGCUGGUGCAGAGGCAUAUUACUCUCCCAUCUCCUCAUUGCUUGGCAUGUCUACGGGACUGCGAUUUAGCACACUACCUGCGGCCACAAAUGUCCCUUCAUCGUCAUCAUCAUAUACCAGCCACCCAGCACCCAUAUCGACUUUCCCCUACACAUUAACACUAACCCUAGCGCCCGUAACAGGCUCCCUUUCAACCACAUACUCUCUGCGAGCAUCGCCAAAUCUCGCAUUCAGCUCCAGAUUCGGCUUCAAUGUCUACAGCUGGGAAAGCGAGAUGGUAGCUGGCUGUGAGUUGUGGCGCCGGAAGAAGGUACUCACAAAUCCACUGAUCAAUGACGAUGGCCUUGAGUGGGCACGCCGUAAAAUGCGCUUGCAUGAUUUCUCUACUUCCCUCCCGAACUCUGCUCCAUCCUCCACCCUCCUCUCUGAUCCAGCUCAUCCCGAGUCUUCUCUUGCCUCAGAUGAUCAUUCUGGCGAGGAUAAUGACUCAGUCAUUAAGAUCCGCGUUGAUCAGUCAUGGAAUGUACGUUUACUCUGGGAAGGCCGGGUCAAGGAGCUUCUAGUCAGUGCGGGUGUCGGGCUGGGCCCGCGCUCGUUUGCGUUGGCUCCAAGCAUUUCCUCGGGCGGGUCGGUGCCUAGUGGAGGUGGACCAUCAUAUUUUCAUGGAGUCGGGGUGUCAGUGAUGUACUCUUCAUAA